AGCAGGUUCAUUCUUUCGAAGACCUAUCCACCAGGUAGGUACUGUCUACUGUGGAAGAAUUGUUGUCUGUGCAGCCACCAUUAAGCAGUACUCAGGUGAAAACGGCACCAGGACGGCCCCGUUAUACAAAGUCAGUGCUCAAGAAGACGUGUUCGAUAGUACUUCUACCGUGUAGGCUCUGGACGGAUAAAGUUUCGUGCUAACGCGGUCAUUGAAGUCUCUCAAAAAGCUCUCGAUAUCCGCCUGUUUGCCCGAACGAGGUGAAUGUUAUCAAGUUCAAGUGCAUUUGAAAAUGUUGCUGGGAGAUUCGCUAAUGUUUUCUCUUCGCAUUAACCGGACAUACAAAACGUGACCUAUUUUAUCAAAAUAUAUACAGACAUAGAUACAAUUAUUAUAUUUGGGAUGUACUGUAAUAGCCAUGUGGGAAUUAUCCAACAGUAAUAUUAAUAGAUCAGUGUUUAUGAUAGAUAUCGAGGAAAUAUAGGAUUCACCCACGACUGCGUGAGGACGAUUUUGUUAAAAUGACUCAGUGUAAAGUUUUUGUUAGAAAGGAAGGCCCAGAAAUUUCUCCGUGCAAAAACGUUUUUUCUGUGAAAUCCGCAAGUCGAUUCAGAAGUUGACUUUUAGACUUUCUCUAGCAAUUUUUGUGUUUUGUAUGUGCAUCUACCCGGAUUAAGGAUCUAUUGUUCGUGACUGUGAUCCUCAAUUAUAUUGUGUCGCAAAGGUGAAAGUGUCUUGUUGUCCACCACGACUGUGAGUGAUUGACCUAGAGCAAGAUGGCCACUUUUGUGACUAAUGCGAUAUUCCGCCGCUGUGCGGAGUUGCUGGCAAUGUCGCUUCUUCUUCUUCUUCUGGUUUCUGCCGAAGAAGAGUUUUAUUCCAAUACAUACAUUUCUCCGAAAUCCGCAUUAGUUGAUGGGGAAUUCCCAGGUCGAAAGCUGGACGUGACGUACGGUCCUAGUGCAAUAGAAAGUUCAAAAGCUGUCAACAACGAUGAGAUAAUAACGAAAUUAAGCGAAACUAAUGCCGUAAAUAGUGAAAAUGGUUUCCAGAAACCGGCCGAUUCAGAGAUAGUGAUUCUGAAAACAAAUGGAUUAGAUGAUCUAUUGACUUCUAAAAAUUUUGUUAAUCUUGAUUCAAAUGAAGUAGAAUUAUCGGGGAGAAGAGCGUAUAUUGAACCUUCUCGAACAAUUAUUGGAGAAGUAAACAAAAAAGUGGUAGAAACAAAGGAACAAGAGAUGUCGGGGGAAGGACAAGGGGCUCCGCAGGCACGUUCCCUUACACUGUCGGAGCCCCAAAAAAUCCAACCUUUUGCAACGAAAACGGCGGAGGUUUUUGCUACCCAAUCAUACAAACCAUACGACAAAGCUCGCCAAAUGAGCCCUGACAUCAAAGAAAUCAUCACAGGUCUCGUCAAACUCCUAAAUGGGAACGUGAAUGUUCAAGCAAAUACUGCUCCAGGCUUAGGAAGACCCAUAAGACCGGUUUCAACUCGAAUUAACAAUCGUGGACCUCCUCGGAUAAGUGAUGUUCCAGCAUUACCCCCAAACUUCGAUAUUCCGACAUCUCAACUUCCCGAGCCAUUGUACGACCAAAUGCCACCACCAGUAACAUCCUCUAAGCCAAUAACCCCGUAUCCAUUUGACGUUCCUCCUUACAAAACAUCACCGGUGCGACCCGUUAAUAAAAGACCGAGCUAUAUUGGACCAAUAAGUCAUCCAUCAUGGACACAUUCAUCCCAACGAAGACCUACUCCCCCGAGAAGACCAAAACCACCCUACAAGCCUAUACCGUUGUUUUCAGCAGAACGAAAUUCAAGCUUCACGUCCGAUUUUCCGGAUGAAGACGUUUUCACUUUUAAUCUGAGCGAUGAACUUCAACCCUCUUCAGAAGAAGAUUCUGACACAAUAAACAAAAAUACCGAACCUCUACUGAGCGAAGAUGCUUCUAACAAACCGAUAACAGUAAAUAAUGUAGUAGAAACUGUAUCUACACCUAAAGAAGAUCCAAUCAUACUUAAUUACGAGAAAAACAAAGAAAAGAGCAGUUCAAAAAUGGAUAAAAAUACGGUUAAAGCUUUUCCUACAACAGUUAAAAAUACUGCAACUGAAAUGGAGGCGACAACCAGCUCUCUGUUACUUUUGAACGGAACUGGUAUAGUACCAACUCAAACAGUUGCAAAUAUUGAACCAACCAAAACUAAUGCGACUCUUUUGGAUACUGACAAUGUCACUUCCGCGCUAAAUAUUUCUCAAGUCACCGUGGUUUCCAUUACUCGGUUAGAAUCGUCUAUACAGGAAGUGCCCCAAAAAAUCACAGAAACGACAUUUAGCACUCCUCCUAUUGCAUCAUUAGAUUCGUCCACAUUGUCCAUUGCAAAUAUCACGCCUAUUGUACAAUCAACUUCUAACAUCAAAGUUUCAGAGAGCCAGUCCAGUGCUACGACAGGUUUCUCUUACUUCCCCUACCGCCCAAGACCAGGAAUCGUUUUAGAUGACACAGAAUUUAAACGGGAUGGUCAGUAUCGUCCUUCUGUUAUCACCACAAGACCACCAGUAGGACAAUUAGGAGACAUCUUUGAUAUCACAGUGUCUGCUAUUCAAGGCCCCGGUGGGUCGGCUUCUGCAGGUCAUGGAAAACCUUUUAUUAUUCCAGUGGAACUAGAUCAUGCCCAAAAUGGUGAUGUCAUAACUAGCCCAGUUGGAGAUGAAGGAUUUGUUUCAAUUGACGGAAAACGGACGUAUUUGAACUUAUUUGGCGAAUCUACAUCAACUCAGACGCGCACACCCCAAAUAUCACCGUCCACCCCUACAACUGUAGCUGUUACAGGAACUGGAUUUGCUGUACCCGACGAAAAUGCCAAACCUGUAAAAACCCCACAUCCUUCCUCUUCAAAGCCUCCUCCAAGGAGACCGCCAUUUGGAAGAAGGCCCAAUCAACCUACAAUAAGAAUCGACACCUGCAUAGUAGGGGAUGAUUCAACUUGCGACGGUUCUCAACAUGAGAUGUGCAAAACAGAAUCUGGAGUUAGCGCAUGUCACUGUAGACCUGGUCACGCAAGAAGAAAACAUCGGGAUCCUUGCAGGAAGGUGGUCCAAAUGCUACUGUCAUUAAGGGUUGACAGACUGUAUGAACGCAGAAUCGUUUGGGCAAAUGAAUUGGCCAACAGAGAGAGCGAUAGCUACUUGCAAUUGUCCUACGAAACGGAAAAAGCGAUGGAUUCGGCCAUGUCCAUGACACCAUUCAGUGACGUUUUCCUGGGAGCAAAAGUAAACAGCAUCUACAGGGGCGACAGGACGUUGGGCCAGGCUGGCGUUUUCGUCAAUUUGACCAUACAACUUGAAGAAAGCGUCGAAACUUCAAGGCCUACCGUAAGGGCUGAUAUACAACGUCACCUCUUGGGAGUCAUCCAGCGUCGUAGUAAUAACAUUGGCAACAGCGCUUUGUGGGUCGACAGUCCUCCGGGAGCCGUUUCCAGUCUACAAGAUUUGGAUGAAUGUUCUUCACCAGAAUUACACGAUUGCCACGUAUCGGCAAAAUGCAUUAACGUAUUUGGUGGUUUCAAAUGUGAGUGCGCCGAAGGCUACAAGGAUCCAUGGGCUGAUAACAAGCACAGGGCCGGCCGCACGUGCGAACAAUGCUCACCGCAACAUUGUAACAACAGAGGGGAAUGUAAAUACCAAAAUGGACAAGAAGUUUGCGUUUGCUCAGGAAAUUAUUACGGUUCACAGUGUGAAGUAGAUGGUGAAAUUUUGGGAGUCGCCAUUGGAGCCAGCGUAGCUGCAGUCAUUAUAAUUGGCCUUACCUUAGUGUGUCUAGUUAUGUGGAGUCGAAGAUGGAAUAAGGAACACAAAGCUGCUGUUACAAGUCCGGUAUUUGGAUAUAUGGGGACAGCCGGAAGCACCGUGAAAACCCCAGUGGUCGGAGGACCUCCAUAUCAAGUGACCAUGGAAGAUCGGAUACGAUGGGCACAAAUUGCCGACGUCAUGGCACAAUCAAACCAUUACGCUCCUGAGCCAGGAACUGUCCCAACUCGACCAUCUUCAGCUUUGUUUGGUUAUCCGAAUCUUUCCAUGGCUGGAAGUAUUCAACGUUCGAUUCAAGGUACUCUUCCUCCAGUUCCAAUGCCUAGGCUCGGCAUCCAAGCACAAUUAGCGAAUCGCGCUGCCAGUUUACAAGGGAUGAGACCCUUAGAUAAUUGUAGUUCCAGUGAUGAUGAUGACAAGGCUGAUUUAGAACGAAACUUUCAAGUUCCACGACCUAAAAGUAGAAGUAAUGCAUCAAUAGCGAACCAAAGCGGUAUUUAUUACGAUGUAGAUUACGAACCCAAUGAUAUUUACAAGCAAGGGGGUGGUAAUGGAAUACCCAUGAGUACGUACACCAUAGGGAGUAGGGCACCUUAUUACAGAACAUAAUUAAUGGUAUUUAUUAGUAAAUAAAUAAGAAAAAUAAAUGUAAAUACUUUUAUACUUCACUUUAUAUUUUGGUU